CGACUACCCGUCUUCCCCCGAAUACAACGUACGGUGAUUAUAGCUGUAUUUAGACGGAAAGAUGCCGACGAGGAUGUUGAUGUGGAGGGGGAGGAAGAGGGAGGAGGAGGGAGGAGGGGAAAGGAGGAGGAGGAGCACAGGCGGCGAUUGUUCAGCUAAUACACGCUCUGACGCUGUUGAUGAUGAUGAUGAUGAUGAUGAUGAUGACGAUGAUGAGAUGAUGAUGACAAUGAUGAUAAUGAUGACAAUGGUGAUGAUGAUGAUGACGAUGAUGCGACUGAUUGCGAUGAUGACCCUAAUGACGAUGAUGGUUAUGAAUGAAGAUGAUGGUGAUGGUGGUGGUGAUGAUGAUGAUGAUGAUGAUGAUGAUUGUGGUGAGAGGUGGUGGUGUGCAGCAACGGACUCCGUUCUCUCAGAAGAAGACAUGGGACUCUCAACAGAGGAUGCACAAGUACAGGAGCAGCUGGAAGAAUCUCGUAAGGCGGCUGAAGCAAAAUGGAAUCUCCGGCAAGCAAACAGGUCACCAGACAGGCCAGAUGCGAUUUUCUUGAGGACACUGGACUCCAACGUGAGAAGAAACACCUCCGUCAUAAGGAAGCUCAAGUUGAUUAGCGAAGAUCAACGGGAACUCCUGCUAGAGGAGCUUCGUGCAGUGAACCUGAGCAAAUAUGUAACGGAGGCCGUUACAGCAAUUGCAGAGGCGAAGUUGAAGACGGCAGAUGUAACGGCAGCUGUGCAGGUGUGCUCACUCCUCCAUCAGAGGUACAAAGACUUUGCGCCGAACCUGGUCCCUGCUCUCCUGAAAGUGUUUUUCCCUGGGAAGUCGGCAGGGACGGAGGGAGAUGGAGGGGACCGCACUGCCAGGGUCCUGAAGAAGCGGACGACACUGCGUUUGCUUACCGAGCUUUACUUCAUGGGGGUGUAUGACGAUGUAUCAGUUCUGCUAAGUAUUGUCAAAGAUCUGACCAGUGCUGACAGCUUGAAGGACCGAGAGGUGGUUCAGGUCAACCUCUCUCUGCUGCUUAGCUUUGCACGACAAGCGAGAGGGUUGUUGAGUUUGCCUCCGAAGAAGGAAGUCGCUGAUGAGCUACCGGAGGACUUGAGCAUCACCGCUGAACAAAAGAGGUCUUUUCGACGCAUGCUUGACCAGUACUUCGACUCGGUGAACAAUGUACUUCAUGCUGAGCAUCUGGCUCUAAAGGAGCAAGAACAGGAGAAUGAGCGUAUGCUGAAUGCUAGAGGAGAGCUGACGGAAGAGAAUUCAACUGCCUAUGAGAAAUUAAGAAAGUCGUACGAGCAGCUUUUGCGGAAUGUUACAUCGCUGGCCGAGGCGCUGGAUCGAGCGGCCCCCGUGAUGCCCGAGGAUGGCCGGACAACUCGCGUCAAUGUAAUGGAAGAAGGGUCUGGGGGACAAGGUGGUGGAAAAGAUCAGGCUGUUGCGGAACCAAUCUGGGACGACGAGGACACACGCUCAUUUUAUGAGAGUCUACCAGAUUUGAGGGCCUUUGUCCCAGCAGUACUGCUUGGCGAUGUGGAGCAGAAAAGCACAGCAGAGGAAGCGCAAACACAUCCGCAAUCUUCUUUGCAGCAGAAGCCGGAUCCUGUGCCAAAUGCUGACGGCAAUAGCCUUGAUGGAAGCAAGGAGGGCCUGGAGGACGAGGCUCAAGCUGCGGAGAGGAAGGACGACGGAAAGCCAGCAGUGCCAAGUACACCAGAUACCACUGAUUCUACAGUCACGGAAGGGGAACGGGCCAAGGAAAGAGAAAGGGAGAGGAGGGAAGAGAAGGAGAGGCUAAAAGGAGCCGAGUCUGCGAGCCUUGAUGGUCUUCUGCAGCGACUCCCAGGCUGUGUCAGCAGGGAUAUGAUCGAUCAACUUGCGGUCGACUUCUGCUACAUCAACUCAAAGAGCAAUCGCAAGAAGCUGGUGAGAGCGCUGUUUAGUGUGCCAAGGACUGCUUUGGAGCUGCUUCCGUACUAUUCAAGACUCGUGGCAACGCUAUCUCAAUGCAUGCGAGAUGUGGCACCGUUCCUGCUGCAGAUGCUCGAAGAUGAAUUCAACAUGCUGCUUAACAAGAAGGAUCCGAUGAACAUCGAGACCAAGGUUCGGAACAUCAGGUUCCUUGGUGAGCUUGCAAAAUUCAAGCUGGCACAGCCAGGCAUCAUCUUCAACUGCCUUAAGGCUUGCCUCGAAGAUUUCACCCAUCACAACAUCGACAUUGCGUGCAAUCUUCUGGAGACAUGCGGGCGGUAUCUGUACAGAUCUCCGGAGACCACGAUGCGAAUGAGCAACAUGUUGGAAAUCAUGAUGAGAUUAAAGAAUGCGAAGAACCUGGACGUACGCCAAAGCACAAUGGUGGAGAAUGCAUAUUAUCAGUGCAAGCCACCGGAGAGAUCAGCUCGUGUGAAGAAAGUCCGCCCACCUCUUCAUCAGUACAUUCGUAAGCUUCUGUUUGUCGAUCUCGAGCGGAAUACAAUUGAGAAGGUGUUGCGGCAAAUGCGAAAAUUACCAUGGGGUGAAGGCAAGGGCUACAUCCUCAAAUGCAUGCUCAAGGUCUACAAAAUGAAGUACAGCCAUAUCUAUCUGCUGGCGUCGCUUAUCGCGGGACUUAGCAGAUAUCAAGAUUCUAUCAGCGUCAAUGUUAUUGACCAGGUUCUAGAAGAUAUUCGGGUCGGUUUGGAAAGCAACGAGUAUGGUCAGCAGCAGCGCAGGAUUGCUCAAAUGCGCUUCCUUGGUGAGCUCUACAAUUAUCGUGUCAUCGACUCACCGAUCAUCUUUGAAACACUGUAUCUGAUUCUCUUCUAUGGAGUUGGAACAGUGGAGGAAGAAGUUAUUGACCCACCCGAAGACUGCUUUCGUAUACGCAUGGUCAUAACACUGCUGGAGACGUGUGGUCAGUUUUUCGACCGAGGAUCGUCGAAGCGGCGCCUGGAUCGUUUCUUGCUCUACUUCCAGCGAUACAUUUUGGCAAAAGGAUCAAUCCCCCUUGAUGUGGAGUUCGAUUUGCAGGAUCUAUUUGCUGAUUUGAGACCAAAAAUGAUACGCUUCACGAGCUUUGAUGCUGCACACGAAGCAGUGUUGGAGAUGGAGCGGCAGGAGCACGCAGCCACCGCGGCGGACUCCACAACAGUGGAGAAAGAGAAGAGCGGACGCAAGGUGCAGUUGGUUGACAAUGGGGCUCAAACAGAGAGCAAGGAACAUGGGAGAGGGGCAAAAUGGAAGGGGGAGAAUGCGAUGAACAAUGGCGAUCAACACACAAGGGGGAAAGAGAGUGAGAGUGACGAUGGGAGUGCAACCGAUAGGGAAUGCGGAGACGAGGAGGAGGAGGAGGAAGGCGAUGGCGAUGCAGAGGAAGAUGGAGAAGCAGAGGAUGGAGAGCCCGAUGAGGAAGUAGAUGAAGAGGACGAUGAUGACCACGAAGAGGGCGAUGAGGAUGAGGAAGAGGAGGAGGAAGGCGAAGAGGAGGAAGGUCAGGAGGUCGUGGUGGGUUUGGACGAGGACCGCGUUGAGGUGAGGCAGAGCCGGGCUGUCGAUCCUGAGGAGGAAGCUGCUUUCGAGAGGGAGUAUCGUGCGAUCAUGCAGGAGAGCAUCGAGGCGCGCAAGUUUGAGAUGCGUAAAGGCCCCACCUUGAACAUGGCCUUGCCGAUGAAUCUGUUCGAGGGCCAUAAAGAUCACUCCAGGAGUAGCUACAACCAAGACGACUCCUUCAAUCAGGCAGAAGGAAAAGAGAAUUCAACUGGCAGUGUUUCUUUCCGCGUGCUUGUGAAAAAAGGCAAUAAACAGCAGACACGCGAGCUUCAGAUUCCAUUGGACUGUUCGCUAGCCCUGAGCUCCAGGCAGAAAGAGGAAGCAGAACUCGAGGAGAAGCAGGAGCUUAAGCGCCUGGUAUUGGAGUAUAACAGCCGAGAGGAGGAAGAUAGGAUGACAUCCUCUACGCAUUCCAUGGGGAGGGUGAUGGCGUCGAAUAUGAACUCGAUGGGGCGGGGUGGAGGCAGGGGUGGCAAUAGUGGAGCGGAUUGCCGAGGCCGCCCUGGAGGUCAUAGACAGAGGCGCCCAUAUGCAGCUGGCAUGCACGGUCGUCGCCGCUAGUGGGAAAAGAAGCGUGCACGUGAGGGAAAGCGCUGUGGUUCUCUGGAAAUGAAAGGAUGUAUUGCAAUGCAUCCAAAAUUCGCAGACUCUUUGCAAGGUCAGCCUCUCUCUCUCUCUCUCUCUCUCUCUCUCUCUCUCUCUCUCUCUCUCUCUCUCUCUCUCUCUCUCUCUCUCUCUCGUCUUUUCUGCUUGAGAGAGGGAGCAUGCUCUCCUCCACUGAUCGUUUGGAACUCUCUUCUCAUCGCUUGAGAAGGAGUGCUCUCUCCCAGUGAUGCGAUGGAGUUUGUGGGAUUGCAUGCUCUUCUAUACAAUGGUGAGCUGUGAGAGGGAGGCUUGGUGUUACAUUCAGCAUCAUCCGACAUGUUUAUCUCCGGAAAAACGACAAAGUUAUAUGCAGAAGGCACCGGAGGUGGUGGCAUAGAACAUACGUAUGUCUGUGCAUGCAGUUUGUGGAAUCAAGCUCAUGUGAAAGGUGAGUGUUGCUGAAGCAUUGAUCUUCAGCAUGGUCAACUUCGAACUGUAUCAGCUGCGUGAGCACGCAGGACUGUCCUUUUGGGAUGAAGUUUGGUGGCGAAGCUCAACUGAUCAGUUGGAUCUCCUCGGGCCGCAACCGCUUGCUUUUCUUGCGGGUCGAGCUUGUGACUGAUCGAGGAUUGUGGGUGAUUGACUGGCCAGAGCAUCAGGAGGGCUCUGAUGUGUUGUCACACUCGGCUCAGGUGUUCCACAUAAAAGGUGAUGGUGUGCCAGUGUCGACCCCUUCGGUCUGCGAGCCAGCCAAACAGCCAGCCAGCCGCAUUGCAACUAACGUACGUAAAGCAAGGCGCCGUGCGCAUAUGGAUGCCGCAACAUCAAUCAAGUGAGGUGGGAGGUGGGAGGUGGGAGGUGGGAGGUGGGAGGUGGGAGGUGGGAGGUGUGUCCUUUGUCAGCGAGUUACCAAGCUUGAAUGGCCGUGUACCUUGGAGGGAUUUGAGAAAAAGAGAGAAUGGGGGGAUUUGGGAGAAGAGAGAAGGCAGAUGCCCAGGGAGGUAGGUGGGUGAGAAGUUUUCCAGGAAAGGAGAAGAGAGGGCAGGGUUGGGGGGUCGUUUCGGUUCAAGCUUGGAUUGUCCUCUGCUUCCUUGAAUCAGGAAUUGAGAAAGCGUAUCUGCGUAGAAAAGAAAGACCAGAUGCAUGGGCGCCUUCCUGUUAAUUGAUGGAAGUAAGCAUCACCCUAAUGUUGGUCACCGACUACUGGACGUCAAGGUCGUGGACGAGCGGUGACAUCAAACUGCUGGAGGAACAGGGUGCGUAAAGCUCUCUCUCUCUCUCUGCCAGCAGGUGUGCCGAGUUCAAUUUACUAAUGAGCCAGAAGGGUACUUUCGUAAAUGCUUUGUAAUCCCUCUGGUCUGGGCCGCGUAUGCAAGCUGGAAGACGGGUGCUGUGGUAAUCCUCUCCUUGUACGACGGUCAAUCGUCUAUACGAUCGGGACAUUUCACAGCCAAGAGAAUGGAGUCUAUGGACGCUAGAAGAACGACUCCCUGGUAGUCAGUUGUGUAUAUGCUUCUUACGUGCGUGUUACGCGAUCGAGAUGCUCUUCACAUGUGAAGCUGUACGCAAGCUGCCCUGAGUGGCCAAUUUUAAGAGAAUUGCCGCCAAGAGAACAGAUCCAGCGGCGGAGAAUUACCCCCCAAGAGAAGAGAACCAGUGGUGGUUGCGUCCACAUGAGCUUCAGGUAACAGCCAUCUGGGGAAAGACUAAAUUAAGAAUUUUAUGUCCUUGUGGGGGGUACGGAGGAGCUGUGUGGGUGAGAAGAUGGUGGAGGAGGAAAGAACAGCCCACCGGCUCUGCCAAGGAUUCUCUGCAGCUCUUUGGAGUUUGUCGUUAUUGCUGAUGAGAGCGAUCGGAAUAAAUAACACAAUUGCGU